AUGCCCUCGACGUCCACGACGAUGCCUCCGGACGAUGACCUCCUCGCGCGCCUGAACGCGCUCAAGAAAUCCCACAUCUCUCUCUAUACGACUCCUAGCGUUCCUACAGCGUUAUCUGCUCCGGAGCCCGUAGUAGACAAUGAACCUAUUAUCGACCUCGCUGCCCGCUUCCGUCGGCUUGGAGGCGCUGGCGCGUCGGCCAAUACCACACCCACAAAGGGCGUUUUGGACGCCGCUGGGCCACUUAACGAGGAUACGGAGCACAAUCCUGAGGACGAGAAGACGCUCGACGAGCUACUACAGGACCUAGGCCCGGCGCAUGAAUGGAACAUCAGCAACGAGGAUGAGAAGGACGUGGGCAAGCUUGUAGCUGAGGUUAGACAUAUACUGCCCGUAGAGCCACAAGGCGCGGAAGUUACAGAGCGCAAGAGAGGAACUGCAGGUGAUCCUGAUCGCCCAGACGGUGGCGACGAAGAGGGCUCCGAGGCCUCAGAUGCCCAGGACGAGCAGGAGGCCGAUGACUACGUGGCUCGAGUCCUCGCCGAGCUCGACCUAGAAAAGAAGUACCGCAACGACGAUCCAGAAUCCGAAGACGAGGAUGGCGCAUCCGACCACGCGGCCCUCUCAGACGCGACAACCCCCAACAAGCCCGCCACGACCGCUCCUCCUAGUGAUCCUUACGGCCGCAACGACUCACCCUCGCUCGAGCUCCCAGCAGCACCCACCGCCCCACCCGACGACUUCGACCGCGCGACCGCAGUCGACGACCACCUAACCGCGCGCAUGGCGGCGCUCUCUCUCCCCUCCGCGCCCUCGUUCGCGCCGUCUGACAAGCCCAUCAAGGUCACCAAGGCGCAGUUCACGGACGAGCAGAUCGACAGCUGGUGUGUCAUCUGCUACGCCGACGCGACGGUCAAGUGUCUGGGGUGUGACGGGGAGCUUUAUUGUAGGGGGUGCUGGAGGGAGGGUCAUGUAGGGCCGGAUGCCGGGUUUGAGGAACGGGGGCACAAGUGGGUGGGUGUUGGGGGCGGGAAGGGGUGA